AUGAGUCAUAGAGCUCAUGUGGAGGCCGUGGACCGUACUUUAAAAGACCUCCGAAGCUCUGCUAAUGUCAUGGGUGGUAUCACUUUUGUAUUUGCUGGAGAUUUCCGACAAACGCUUCCUGUCGUCAACAGAGGUACGCGAGCAGAUAUUAUGAAGGCAUGUUUAAAAUCGUCUCACCUUUGGACAUCUGUUCAACAUUUGAAUUUGCGUACUAAUAUGAGAGCUCAUCUACAUGGAAAUACGCAUAGCAAUUUUCCACAACAGCUGCUGAAACUGGGAGAAGGAAUUCUUCCAUCUUUAAAUUUGGGCACCGAUUAUGCGGUUACUUUGAAUGAGUCUCUAGGGCAAAUAGUCUAUAAUUUAGAUAGUCUGAUAGAUGCUAUAUAUCCUGACAUCGAAAACUUACAUCAAAAUGAUUUUCGUUGGCUGUGUUGUAGAGCAAUAGUUUCUCCCAGGAAUGAAACAGUCAACGAAAUAAACAAUUUAAUUAUGCAGAAAGUACCGGGUGAAGUUAAGUGCUAUAAAUCCAUAGACACCGUCACUAACAUCGAGGACGCAGUGCACUACCCCCAGGAAUUUUUAAAUUCUCUGAACCCCGCUGGGCUUCCACCUCAUGAACUGUCGUUAAAAGUUGGCACGCCGAUAAUGCUUCUCAGAAAUUUAAGACCCCCCAACAUGUGUAAUGGCACGAGACUUCUUAUAAAGGAGCUAAAAGAUAAUUUAAUAGUUGCGAAAAUUAUCACCGGCCCUGCAGCUGGUGAAUUAGCUCAUAUACCAAGAAUACCCAUGAUCCCUACUGAUUUGCCUAUACCCUUCAAAAGGCUCCAAUUUCCAGUAAAAAUUUCUUUCGCACUCACGAUAAACAAAUCCCAGGGCCAAACAUUCAAAUUAGUAGGAAUUGAUUUACGAAAAGAAUGUUUUACGCAUGGGCAACUUUACGUUGCCCUAUCACGGGUCGGGGCUCCCGACCAUCAGUAUAUUUUGUUACCAGAAAAUAAUAUAACGUCAAAUGUUGUGUAUAGAGAAGCUCUACAAUAA